CAUCUUCCCUCGACUCUUCGCUUCGCUCUCUCCCGUCACUCUCUUCACGCCUUCUUUGCCUCCCCACCAAAACCCUAGUAAUCAAUCUCUUCGUCCAUCUCUCUCACUCUAUUAAUAUAUACAUACCGAGAGUAAGCGAAGCUCUGGACACGAAUCCUAGAAGCGGAGAGACGCUCUCUUGGCUGCGUAUCCGACGAGGAGCAAGAAUGGAGUGCCUCGGCGGAACCAACUACGCGGCGCUCUCGAUCCCCUUCCACGACUGGAGGUUCCGGUGGAGGUGGAUGGUCGCGGGGAAGCAGCUCCUCCACCAGAGGCGGAGGCCUUCUGGGCUCGUUAGGCGUCUCCGGGUGAGGGGCGACGGAGCGGGAAGGGAGAGCUGUACGGUGACGGCGGCGACGGUGGUGGAGGAGGAGAAGAAGUUCGCCGACGAGGAGGAUUUCAUAAAGUCCGGAGGCAGCGAGCUGUUUUACGUCGAAAUGCAGGCAAGUAAGCCCAUGGAGAAGCAGGGCAAGAUCGCCGACAAGUUGUCACCUAUAUCUGCUGGAGAUUCUAUGCUAGAUUUAAUAGUGAUUGGUUGUGGUCCAGCUGGUCUUUCUCUGGCUGCAGAAUCAGCUAAGAAAGGACUGAAAGUUGGUCUUAUAGGACCCGAUCUUCCUUUUACAAAUAACUACGGUGUGUGGGAGGACGAGUUUAAAGGUCUUGGGUUAGAAAGCUGUAUAGAGCAUGUUUGGCGGGAUACAAUUGUAUAUCUUGAUAAUGAUAAUCCAAUUUUAGUUGGUCGUGCAUAUGGUAGAGUUAGUCGGCAUUUGUUGCAUGAAGAGUUGUUGAGAAGGUGCCAUGAGUCUGGUGUCACAUACCUCAAUUCAAAAGUGGAAAAGAUCAUCGAAGCAAGUGAUGGCUGCAGCUUAGUUGCAUGUGAAAGAGAUCUAAUGAUUCCGUGCAGGCUUGUUAUCGUUGCUUCUGGAGCAGCAUCUGGAAAACUUCUCCAGUAUGAGGUAGGAGGUCCUAGUAUUUCUGUGCAGACAGCAUAUGGAAUGGAAGUUGAGGUGGAAAACAAUCCAUAUGAUCCCAGCUUAAUGGUUUUCAUGGACUACAGAGAUUACAAGAAAGAAAAACAACAAAUCCCUGAAGCAGAAUAUCCCACAUUUCUUUAUGUCAUGCCCAUGUCAUCGACAAGAGUCUUUUUUGAGGAAACAUGUCUAGCUUCAAAAGAUGCCAUGCCCUUUGAUCUUCUUAAGAAAAAACUGAUGACUCGCUUGGAAGCUAUGGGUGUUCGAGUAUCGAAAGUCUAUGAAGAGGAAUGGUCCUAUAUCCCUGUUGGUGGAUCCUUGCCAAACACACAACAAAAAAACCUUGCAUUUGGUGCUGCAGCUAGCAUGGUGCAUCCAGCUACAGGAUAUUCAGUUGUGCGGUCCUUGUCAGAAGCUCCAAGUUAUGCGACUGUAAUAGCAAAUAUUUUGAAGAAAGAUAUGUAUUCCAGACAGAAUAUUCUGGUUGGAAGUGCACAGAUUCCCUCAAUGCUAGCAUGGAGAACUCUUUGGCCACAAGAAAGAAAACGUCAAAGGUCAUUCUUUCUCUUCGGGUUAGCACUAAUAUUGCAGUUGGAUAUUGAAGGCAUCAGAACCUUCUUCCAGACAUUUUUCCGCUUACCUAAUUGGAUGUGGCAGGGGUUUCUUGGGUCCACACUUUCAUCAGUGGAACUUAUAUGGUUUGCCUUCUACAUGUUUGCAAUAGCACCUAACAGCCUGAGAAUGUGCCUUCUCAGACAUCUCCUUUCCGACCCUACCGGUGCAACCAUGAUAAAGACAUAUCUUGCCCUGUAAAUUCACUCCAUACUCUCUGCUCUUGUCUCCGGGGGAAUUUUCAUAUAAUAAAGUUCUGAUCUUGUACAUAUCAUCCAAGUUCUGAAACAUUCUUCCUUCUUCUGAUAGUGGAUAUGCUCCUAGCAAAUAUUGAUAUAAUGCUUCCAA